GGUGCUUGCGGUGAGGACGACUCCGGCAAGGAUGACUCUAUCAACAUCGUCGCUCUCUCCCACCUCCUGAUGGGUGAGCUUUCCAACAACAACCCUAUGUGCGGCAAGACCAUCACCAUCAAGGCCAACGGCAAGACUGCCCAGGCUACCGUCGCCGAUAAGUGUAUGGGUUGCGCUCUCAACGACAUCGAUGUCAGCCGAAAGGUCUACGAGGAGAUCUGGGGCAGCCUCGACUCUGGCCGCACUGAGGUCGAGUGG